AUGCGGUUAUUGCCAGGUGUUAGGACCAUUAUCGCGCCGCGGAUCGGCUUCGGAUACAGGAAUGUGUCCCUGAGGCUGUUUUCAGCCUGCCAAGCGCGCUUCAAAGAAGAAGUUUUGGCGUCUGCCAGACCAAACCUGGACCAGGCGCCAGUGACGGCACAGAUGCUUAAGAUUGUGCCUAAUGAGAUCGAUAUGGUGACGUUGGAAAAGCAGGACGCGUUGAUCAAGCGUCGCCGCAAACUCUCCAAGGAAAUAACCAAACUCAAGAAGCUUAAACCGGUCUCUCCAGGUUUACGGUGGUACCGGGCCCCAAUAUACCCAUACCUCCACAAAGGUCGGCCCGUUCGUACGCUCACGGUAGCAAAACGUGGGACCGGCGGCAGAAACCAUUCUGGAAAGAUCACGGUGCGGCACCGUGGUGGUGGUCACAAGCGUAGGAUCAGAAUCGUGGAUUUCGCUCGCUUUACACCGGGCGAACAAACCGUCCAAAGGAUAGAAUACGAUCCUGGCAGAUCCGCCCACAUUGCACUUCUCAAACACAACGACACCCAAGAAUUGAGCUACAUUCUCGCCUGUGAUGGCCUUAGAGCAGGUGAUGUCGUAGAGUCCUACCGCAAAGGUGUGCCUGAUAGACUACUUCAGGAAAUGGGGGGGAAAAUCGAUCCUGCGAUCUUGAGUGUUCGCACCGCCCAGAGAGGCAACUGUUUGCCCAUCUCGAUGAUACCGAUCGGAGCUAUCGUACACAACGUAGGGCUCACGCCCGUGGGACCCGGUAAGUUCUGUCGUGCUGCUGGCACUUAUGCCAGAGUAAUCUCCAAAUUGGCCGAAAGGAAAAAAGCUAUUAUAAGGUUACAAAGUGGGGAGCACCGCUACGUUUCACUCGAAGCCUGCGCGACGUUGGGUAUUGUCUCGAACAUUGAACAUCAAAAUAGGUCUCUGGGUAAAGCUGGACGUUCUAGAUGGAGAGGUAUAAGACCCACUGUAAGAGGUGUAGCCAUGAACAAAUGUGACCAUCCUCAUGGUGGUGGUAGAGGUAAAUCGAAAUCUAAAAAACUGUCCAUGUCACCUUGGGGCCAAUUGGCUAAGGGAUUCAAGACGAGAAGAGGUAAGAACCAAAACAAGAUGAAAGUCAAAGAUAGACCUCGCGGACACUCCGAUAAGGCAGCCAGAUGA